AUUAUAAGCAUCAUGUGUUCUCACGAGAAUAUCACUUGGAAGGUCGUCCAAAAUGCCGUCGCAUGCAGAAUGAUCGACAACUCGUUAACUCACAAAUUCCUAUCAUCACAGAGGGUACGUAAGAGAACAAAGUUAUUUAAUAGCAAGGUAAAGAAAUACGGCGUCAUUAAGAAUUAUGAGCAGUACGUUGCAAUGAAAACCUCCGUUUUACGGAAAGUGUCGAAUGAUUGUGACACCGAUGAUACUGACAACCUCAGUGAUGUUGACUAUAGUAUUAUACACAAUUCUGAAUCCAAACUAAAUGAAUAUAGAAGAAAGGAUUCUAUCAUAAAACUUAGUAGCGAUGAAGACGAGGAAAUAAAUAAAGUAAUGAGUAAGAUGAAAAAGAAUGGUAAAGCCAAAUCUGUGGAAAAAAAGGCCGAGAAACCUGUAAAUAUAAAACAAGAAGAAGAUUCUUUAUCCCAGGUAUGUUUUAAUAGCGAUGAAAAUGAUAGUGACAGGAAGAUGGAGAAUAACAGAAUAAAACCUGUGAAGAAAAAGAUAAAAAAAUCUGUAAGUAUAGAGCAACAAGAAAAUUCUCUCUCUCAGGUAUCCUUUACUAGCGAUAAAAAUCGCAAUGACAAAAGGAAAAGUCAAGGACUGAGGAAGACGAAGAGUAGUGAAACAAAAUCUGUAGGGGAAAGCACAAAGACACCUAUAAGUACAGAAUGGGAAGAGAAUUUUACUUCUCAAUCAUUAUUUACUGACGAUGACAAUGUUAAUAAUAAUGAGAAGGAGAAUCAGAUGAUAUUGAAGAGAAGGAAACAUAAUAAAACCAAACCAUCAGAGAAAAAGACCAGAAAAUCUGUGAACAUAGGUUGGCAAGACGUUGUCUUGUCAAAGAAGAACAGAAGUACGACACGUAUAUCUGAUAUUGGACAAUGCACGGGUACUUCGAAUAUGAGUAAACAAAAUACCUCUCAGAAUGGCAAAUGUAAUCAUUCGAAAACCGAUUCUAAUAAGAGAUCUCUUUCUCCAUACUUCGAAUCCCAAGAUAAUAUAAUGUCCUGUACAGCAAACUUGGUGAGUAAAGAUAUCCCACAGAACCAUACUGAUCCGCUUACUGUGGUAGCCGAAUCAGAUUCUGAGUCAGACUCUCCAAAUAACAUAACGUCUUGCAAAGUCGAGUCUAUAGAUGAUAAAGAUGCGACGCAAAACCAAGGAGAUUCUAAAGCAACAGCGAAUGAGACUAAUUUUGAGUCGAAUUGUCAAGACGAUGCGGUAGCCUGUAAAGCGAAUCCUGAAGAAGAAACUGUAAUACAGGAAGAACUUAAGGUCCCUCAUUCGUCACUUAUCAACGAUCCGCCUUCAUCGGUCAGCGAGAGAUUGCCGAGCUUAUCGGAAGAUCGUAGUUGCGAGGAACCAGCAAAAGUGGAAGAGCAGGUCUCGAUAAGCGCGAAGAAUUACGACGACGGUUGUGUGAGUCCUCAGACCGCUAGAUCAGUCGACAACAUCAAGAGGAACUUAGCCUUUACAUUGGACACUGUUAAUUGCCCUCAUCAGUCCUCUUCGUCGCCAGACGCCUCGCACGACCAGCAGAAAGACUCUGGAAUCGAUGAAGAUUCACAGGAUAAAUUUGUCAAGCGACUCGCCACGGAGAAGUCAGAUAACGCGGAGAACAUCGUGGAAAAAACCUCCGUUUCGCCUGAACACGAGGAAACCAACGAAAUGGCUGAAGAGAUGCGAGAAAAUCAUACCAAUGAUAUAAGUUUAAAAGUUAAGGAAGAUAGUUUGGAAGAACAGGAUAUUGUUCACAAUAUAGAAGCAACGCAGGUUCGAAAAGCGCGGGUGCCAGAGACGGAUGAUUCUCCCGAAACGAGCCAGACUGACGCGGGAGAUGUGAAGGCAAACGGAAUGGACGGCAUCGCGGAAGACUCGUGCAAUGUCCAGGAGAAGCAGCUUAAAAUUAUGUCCACCGAGAUCGUCAACACGAGAUAUAGAAUAGUGACCGAAAAGAGUGACAACGUGAACGUCACCGGUACCGAUGCGUGCGCCGAAAUGACCAAUGAGAUACCAAUCGCACAACAAGUGGUGAGCCACGAGGAGGACGAGGAGGAGGAGGAAGACGCGGCGCGCUGCGUGUCGCCGCAAACGAAGCAGCAACUUCAGCGGCAGUUAAACCUGAUCGUGGAUAGCAACUCGAGCGAAAGUGAGAGCGAGGACAGACCGGCCGUUGGACACAGCUCCAAGAUCGUCCACGCGGACGAUUCUAACUCGAGCCACCGUGUCGAAGGAAACUGCAGCAAAGACAACCAGAGGAUUGGAGACGGCGCUUCUGGGAAAAUCGACGUCGACACCUCACACAGCGAUGCCGCUUGCAAAGAUGCUCGCGCAUCGCUUGAAAAAGACGCUUCUGAGGAAAAUGAUACUUCGCGCAGCGAAGAUAGCCGCGAGUGUCUUCGCGAACAGCAGAGAAAGAAGCUCGAGAACGAUGAGAGAAGUCGCGCGUCCGAAGAAAGCGGCAUAGACAUUUCGCACGACAAGGAUAAUCGCGAGGAGGCGAGCGCAGAAGAGAGAUUCGGGAGUGACGAGAGAAAUUCUGCUUCCGAGGAAAGGCACAGGGAAGGACCUGCUUCGACGGAUGGCGGGAACGCGAACGGGGAUAGCCAACGUCAGGAUAGAGCGAACAGUGGCGAGCGUGAGACGCAAAAUGUGUGUUACAGGCCGCGCAAUUUGGGAGAAUUUGCCGAGGACGAAGAGUUACUCGUGGAAACGCUACCGGCGAGCAUUACGCUGGCGGAUAUCUCCGAGGACGAGGAGGCUUUUAUUUUGAAUAUUCCUAACAAAGUACUACAAUGCAAUUUGCAAGGUCAACGGAUGAUUCUGAAAGAGAACACGAUUAGAUUCGGUAAAAGCAAGUUCGGAGUUGUGCACAAUCAAGUAAACACUGUGACUUGUAUCUUCGCCACCGGCAAACGACGGAAACCUUACAAGAUAGUGAAUCUUAAGGAAAUUAGUACCGUCACUGUACGAGAGAGACUAUCAAAUUUUGCGAAAGACUCAACCGAACUGGAUUCUCGUGAUAUCGAUACUUUUCCCGAGCGAAAAUCGAAGAAAAGACGUUGUAUACUUAGUAGCGAUGACGACACGGAUAACCGGCAAAUAGAUGAAUCAAAAUCUAAAAAAUUAAAAAUCACAGAUUACCACAUACCCAGACGAAGAGAUCAUAAUUAAGAUACCUCAGUUAAAUUGCAAACGUGAAAGAUGCUAUAUUUUCUGUUGAUUCUAUUAUGAAACUAUUAAAAAACUGUACAGAUACUUUCUAUCAAUACUUAUAUUUUUUUUACUUAAAUGGACUAUUUAAGAUAAUUUUUAAACGGCAUGUACCUUUUUUUUUUUUUUUUACAGACAUUUGUUCGGUACCUGAACGUUCAAAAUAUUACUCGCAACAGAAUAUAUAUAUAUAAUUUUCUGUUUAAAGCAAUCACGCGUCCGUAAGAGUAUUUUUAUAAAUUCUUUCCAUUUUUUCUCUUCCACACACUAUAGAGUCAUCGAUAAUUUUAGAAAGUUACAAAUUACGAUAAGAAAUAGAAAGUUACAAUAACGAUAAGAAAUCAAGAAUAUUGUGAAUAACUAUAAAUUACGUAUUGUUUCUAUUUAAUAAGAAUUUAAAUAAUUGCGAUUGAUAGAUAAGUUAUAAUUACCGAAUUAUAAACAAUAAACUAUAAGAGAAAAAAUAUUGUAAACGUUUAUGAAUCUACACAGACUGGCAUAAUUGUCUUAUGACUCUUGAUUACUCGCUAUGACUGCUCUUGCUUAAUGACGUCAGAAGCGAGAAGACGCAUGCUAAGAUUUCUUGCGUUAUACUUUCAAAUAAAAAAAUAUAUCCAUAAAGUGACAUUUUGUGGUUAUAUAUUUUUAUUUGAAAAUAUAAUGUAAGAAAUCUUGGCAUACAUUUUUUCGUUUCUGACGUCAUUAAACAAAGAUAGCCACGGCAAGUAGUCAGGAGCUUUAACAUUUAGCAGAUCUAAAAUCGUUUAUUCUAUCAUAAGCAUCAUGUUUAUAUAUUCGUGCAUCAUGACGGAUGAUUAUUCAAGAAAAUGAUGAGGCUUUACAUAUUCUUUUACAUAUAAUUCUGUUUCAUUUUAUGAUUACUCUACACUUUAUGCUACUCGGAAUAAUAUUUGAGAUUUCGUUGCGAUAUUUCUUCGAUUACUUAAUAGUCAGUAUGUGCGAAUACGUAAAUACAAGUAAUCGAAAAAUUUUGAUAAGAGUAAACAUGUAUUGGAAAAUUUUAUUUAUACAUGAUAGAAAUAUCAAUAAUCUCAGAGUUAUAAAUAAACGAUAAGAGAUUAAAAAAUCUGAAUAUUCUACAAAUAAUAUAUUGUCCUUUCUGUUCAAACAAUUGAAUUGAUAAAUUUCGACCGACGCAGAAUAAAUAACGGGGGGAGUGCAGUGUAAAUAAUCAUAAAUAUAAGAUAGAGCACAUUUUAUUAUUGCUGAAAUUUUAUAAGAUGCAUUGUACUCUAGACUAGACUUAAAGUUGCUAAGAAGAUAUCAAGAGCAGUUUGCAUAAUACUGCAUACCAAUAAAAUUUUUAUAAAAUACUUUAUAAAGGUAAAAGAACAAUCCAAGUGCAUAAAAUUCUCUAAAUAUGAUAUGAAUAAUAAUACUGUAAAACAGUUUAAAAAUCUGUACUUGGAUUUAGGACACUUAGAAGAAAAUACUAAAAAAUAUAUUCGGAUCACAUCCAAACUUGAUUUACCUAUCAAGUGUACAUGUUGUAACUUGAUUUAAACCCUUUGAAUGCAGAACAGAAUUAAAAAGCUGUUCUGUAUACAUAAAUGAAACUCGGAAAAUUGUUGAACGUUCCUACCAAUAAGGGCACUUCAAUAUUUUUGAAUCCCCGAUAUUAAGUUUUUCUCCAACUUCUUACCUGAAUAUAUUUUUAUAUAUGAAUUAUAUAAAUAAAUAAAUAAAUACAUACAUAUAUGUUUUAAAUAUCAACCUCUCUUAUAUAUUUGUCCAUAAUAUCCUUGCUUUUCUGCUGAUUACGCGUUACACGUGAGCGAAGAACUCUGUUUAUUAAUACAUGAAACGUCGAAAUAUCACUUCUGCUUCAAACAUAUUCCCUUUUUCUCAAUUAAUCAAAGAUGAUGAAAAACACGUAGCCAGAAACAGGUGCGGCUAGUUGAGAAUUUUUAGGAACUAACACGCUCGCUACGUAUAGUUGGUUACUAAUAUACUUAUGUGACAAAAAUAAUUUUUUUUCCUCUAUUCAUAAAUAUAAACAGUUGCAAAUGUUUCAAGGCGUUUUUGUAUACACUGAGGCUACGUUCCAAAACAUUUUUUUGAAAAAAACUUUACUCAAUGGCUGUUUCAAAACUUUAUAAGUGUUUUUCGAUUGGUUCUUCUUCCGGAGAUCAGAAAUUCUUAUCAAGUUUUGGAACAGCCACCAAGUAAAAUUUUCCUCGAGAAGAACGUUUUGAAAUAUAGCCUGAGUUUGAUGAUGACGCUAUUAUACACUAUUAUAUACAGGGUGUCUGAAACUUUUCUCGGAACCCGUGGUAUGCAGAUAGAACAAAAGGUGAACCUGGACAGAAAUAUCAUUUGCAAAAUUCACAAUAAUUAAUGAAAAAUUUAUUAAUCUGUAUGAGCUAAUGAUCGCACAACAAACAGUAGACCGAACUCUAUAUAAAGAAAAAUAGCUUACUUCUAAAGAUGGCUUAGUAACUAUGAGCAUAAACUGAUUUUUAGAGACAGAGUAACGCAGCGAACAGCGAAUGGUAUGUGACAUAGGACUGCGCGCCGAAAAGAAAUACGUCUUUCGCUAUUAGUUGAUACCCAUCGUUGUUAGGACACCUUCAAAAGUAAGCCAUUUUUCUUUAUACAGAGUCCGAUCUACCGUUUCCUGUACAAUCAUUAGUUCAUACAAAUUAAUUCCUUAAUAAUUAUUGCGAAUUUUGCAAAAUGGUAUAGAAUUCUCCUGUCUAGUUUCAUUCGUGCUACUUGCACACCACGGAUUCUAAGAAAGGUUUCAUACAAAGGUUUCAUAUAAAAUUUUCAGAUGUAUAGUUGUAUAGUUUAGAAUGCUUUGAAGUGUCUAACAAACCUUGCCGUCUUAAAUCAAUUUUAUACAAUUAUAUCAAAAUAAAUACAAUGUGGUCUGUGGGGAGAGUUCCCUAAAAAAAAAACCACGAUAGAGAACGUAUUAAGAACACAUACUUUGAGAAUUAUUACUUACAAUUCAAGAAAUUAGUUACAUAUAACUAAUUUAUGUAUAUAUAUAUAUAUAUAUAUAUGAUAUAUAUAUAUAUACAUAUAUCAUUAUGGUUCUUAUUAUUAAAAAAUCGCUUAUUGUUUGUUUCUCAGAAAACAUAAUGCCUAAAGUCGGGACAUAAGACAUCUGACAGACGUCUUUGAGACGAUUUAAGGACGUUUGUCAGGCGUCUUAUGUCCCGGUUUUACACGUUAUGUUGUGUGGGUUACUUUAGCGUAUUAUAUACAAGGUCUUCUUGAGGAUAAGUCCAACUAAGGGUAGAUAGUGCAAUAGUAUGGGGUAAUGGUUACUGUAAUUACAAAAUACAGUAAACAUGUUCAUAUGUCAAAUUGGAUAUAUAUUUUUUAGCUUCUUUUUAGAGGAACACAUUCUCUCGAUAAGAUUUUUUACAAUGUAAAAAAAAUUAAUAUGUAAUGAUAACAAUUAGAUAAUCAACAUGCUGAAUUCACAUAUGAGUUCUGGGCUCAAAGCUUUU